GUUAAUUAAUUCUCUCGCAGUUGCUUAAUUUAUUCAAAUGCAUCCCCUAGAAUCAACAACAACAAGGAUGUACGAUGUAAGCAGGUUCCAGACCCUAUUCGUUGUCGUAAAUGAUGCCGGCAAUGAUGAUGGCGAUGAAGAUGACGAUGCAAUUGAAGAAGAAGAGGAUGACAUGGAUGACUUUAUCUGUCGCGAGUCGCAGGAGAUGUAUGAUGAGGAAUUGGCCCUGGAGCGAGAGGAACAAGAGUUUGAGGAGCGAAAUCUGGGGAAUCUAGAGUAUCCCAAGGGACUCCAAUCCUUUGCCUGCCGCAGCUGCCCCGAAAGCUUUUCCAGUCGAAAGGAGCUUUCCGCACACCGACGGCAACUCCAUAGUCGUUGCCCCGCCGAAAAUGGCACGCCAAAGAAACCGUCUUCUGAAUUAACCUGCGAAAUAUGCGGCAAGAUGUUUCAAAGACACAGUGCCCUCGUGGAUCACAUGAACUCCCAUUCGGAUCAAAGGAAUUUCCCUUGCCCGCAGUGCCCGGCUCGAUUUGUCCAACGCGUGAAUAGGGAUCGCCAUGUGAGUUACAAACAUCUCAAAGAGUAUUUAUUUCCCUGCCCGGAGGACGGUUGUGAGAGACGCUUUCAGAAGCGUCGUGAACGGGAUCAGCAUGUGAAGACAGUGCAUCGCCAGGAGCGGGAUUUCGUUUGCAGCCUCUGUCAGGCCACAUUCAGUCAUCCGGUGAAUUACAAAAAGCAUCUUGCCUCGCAUAGUUCAGUCAAAUCCUUUAGCUGUCACAUUUGCAAGAAACUCUUUGGACGUCAGGAGAACCGAGAUGUCCAUCUAUUCGUUCACAGCCUUUGCAAGGCUUACGUUUGCUCCGUUUGUGGGGCAGACUAUAUGCGUCGCCAGCAAUUGAUUCGUCAUAGUGCAGCCAGUGGUCAUGUAAAUGACAAGAUUGUGCGACAAAAGCCGCAAUUUAGUGCUGCUUUUACUCAAAAACCCACAGAAAAGGAGGAUAAUACGCAGACGAAUCAAUCUAAAUAUCAAGGAGAAGGAGAAGCAGAUCAAAAAGACUUACUGGACUUGAAUGUAAAGGAGGAGGAGCAGGAAGAGUUUAUCUGAACUAAAGGUUACAACUGGAAUCUUAUUAGAAUAGCCGGCUGAUAAUGACGUCAUCGCUGCAUCCUCUCCUACGCCUCCCUCUCGAAACACGAGGAAAAAUAGCUAAAGUAACGCCCUCUCCUUCUCUCCUGUUAACUGUUAACUCUGGAUGAAAGAAGAUCUGUUAAAUAAUAUUACCUCCUACAUGACAAUUUGACGCCAUGUAUGAGAACUGUACACGUGUAAAAUGUUAAUGCUAACAUGGUUCUGUUAAGUUCCAGGAGCAAAUUAACAGAACGGACGAAAAGAGAAAGCAAACGAAAAAAUAAUUCGCCAAAGACGCACGCAUUGCAGAUCGCUCCGUGAAAAAAUUGAAUUGCGGAAAAACUAACGCCGGAAAACUCCGGAAAAGUGGUGGAAAUAAGUGAAAACAUUGAGCUCUAUCAGUGGAAAGUGUUUGUUUGUGGGGGCAAAGCCUGUAUUAGCCCCAAUAAGAAAAUCGGGCUCCUGUCCCGUAUGUGUGUGUGUUUUUUUCACAGCCAAGAUCCCUGCGUUGUUUUUGCCUAGUUUUGUUGUUUUUUUUUAUGUGCAAGUGCAAUAAAUAUGAGUGUGCCAACACCCUUAACUAACUAGAACGUUAAACUUGUGUGUGCGAGUGUGCGAAAGUAC